AUGGUCGUCUACUCCUUCUACAUAUUCGACCGGCACACGGAAUGCAUCUACUCCAAAUCCUGGCUCCCCCCCCCCGCCGCCUCCUCCACCGACAUCCUCCCCCCUACCCACUCCCACCCCCAACAACCACCACAACAACCACCACAACAACCCACCUCCAGCAUCCUCACCCAAAAACAAUCCUCCGACAACGCCAAACUAAUCUUUGGCACCGUCUUCUCCCUCCGAAACAUGGUCCGCAAACUCGGCGGCUCCGACGACGCCUUCAUCAGUUACCGAACCGCGCAGUACAAGCUCCACUACUACGAGACAGCCUCCAAUCUGCGGUUCGUCAUGCUGACUGACGUGGCGACGCUGAGCAUGCGGAAUGUGCUGCAUCAGAUAUAUAUCAACCUGUGGGUGGAGUAUGUGGUGAAGAACCCGCUCAGUCCGGUGGAACACAAGGGGGGUGAGGGGGUGAGGAAUGAGCUUUUUGAGUUGGGGCUGGAUCAGUUUGUUAGGGGGUUGAUGUGA